CACGCCCCGCAGAAGAAGACGAUCAGCCGCGGCAGGCAGCGAGCCAAAGAAGAAGAAACUAUACGCCGUCACAUAACCGUAACAUGACCAAGGUUAUUCCGGAGAAAACUGGACACGACUAUGAACGACCGCUGACAGAAAAGGGUGUCAUCUUAUUUCGUCCGUGAUGAGCGUCCCGGUUUUCUUGUCCUUUGCUGCCCGACGCCUCAUCUUGCCGUGUCCCACCGCCCGUCUGUUCUGCUGCCAGGUGAUGGCUCCCAGGUCCAUCACAGGAGGAAAUAUGUCGUCCAAAAGAAAAAUGGACCAUCUUGAGAGGACAGCAAGCAACGCCAGACAAAAUGCCGUGUAUCCAGCUGAAGUAUGUGGAAUCAUUAAUGAGUCAGAGACGGUAAAACGUUUGAGAAUAGCCGUUCAUCCAGACUUCAGCUUCAAAGCAGGACAGUGGGUGGAUUUCUUCAUCCCCGGUGUGGAGAAGGUGGGAGGAUUCUCCAUGUGCUCCAGCCCGGGUUUGCUGCAGCGGGAGGGGGUCAUUGAUCUGGCUGUGAAAUACACUCAACACCCACCAGCACACUGGGUCCACACUAUGUGCACAGUGGGCUCUAAGGUGGACAUGCGUGUCGGUGGGGACUUCUUCUUUGACCCGUCACCCUCUGACCCCGCCGUGGAUUUGCUGCUGGUGGCCGGUGGCGUAGGGAUCAACCCUCUCUACUCUAUUCUGUUGCACACUGCAGACCUGCUGCGCCUUAACCACGCGUCGGGCGGCCGCGAUUACAACAUCGGCUCCGCUCACUUGUUCUUCAGUGCCAAGAACACACACGAGCUGCUCUUCAAGGACUCCAUCACUGAGGUGUGUCGGGAAUUCCCUGACAAGUUCUCAUGUAACUUCCACAUCACACAACGGAGCACAGAUGUUGACCCACACCCCCAGUCAUCUAUGAACCAUGGCAGAAUCACAGAGGCGGAGCUACGGGCUCGUGUACACCCUCAGAGGACUUUAUGUUACCUGUGCGGGCCACCGCCCAUGAUCGAAGCCAUUUCAAAAACCCUCAUGGACCUGGGUCUCCCUAAAGACAGGAUCGUCUUUGAGCAGUGGUGGUAGAAGAACCUCCGACAGAUCCAGCAGAAACUCGCGGUUUGUCCUCUGGGGCUCCUGAGGGGGAGGAGAUAUCGGGUGUGUCAAGAGUGGAAAGCAACACAAAUAUUCCAGUGACGUGGACUUUGAUAAGUGAUGGAGCAGCUGAGGAAGUUCAUCCUCUAAUCACUGCUGCUGGGACAGACUCCUGGGACCACCCACUCUUCAGCUAUCAGCUGACUCAUAAUGACAAUAGAGAGGGAUAUUAUUUAUUGUGAUUUUAACAGGGGAAACUCGUUGACUUGAAGCAUUGACAUUCUCCAGCUCACUGCCUUGCUGAAUAAUGCAACAAAUGUGCAAUUUCAAUGUCCACAUCUUUCUGUAUGUGCACAUGUUGAUGCACAUGGCUUCAUAUUAGGGCUGAACGAUUUUGAAUAAAUGUCUGAUUGCGAUCGUCUGGACUGAAAUUGAGACUACGAUAUCAUAAUUAGUCUAAUUUUCAUUUGAAUAACCCAUUUUAAAUGAUUACUGUGUGAUGUGUGUACAGAUCUGUGUGAAACAGAUGUUUUCUGUAUAGUUCAGGACAAUAUUUUUCAGGACAAAAUGGUCAUGACGCACAUUUUGACUUGAAGAAAUAUUGCGCUUCCUGCAAUUUUGAUGAAAUUCCCAGGAAUUGUUCAGCCCUACUUCAUAUUGUAGGUUUCCAGCCUGUACUUUUUUCUUUUUUUUUUCCUCAGACAGAUUAAAAGGCAAUGUUUAGUUUUACACACACAGCAUACCUAUGCAAGCGUGUCUAAAAGGAUUAGUUUGACAUUUUGGGAAAUGUGCAAAUUCACUUUUCUUGCCAAGGGUUAGGAGAAACAGUCUAAAUAUAAAGCAUUAGUAUUUAGACUGUGAACAGAGGGAAAGCACUUUUAUGGCUCCCUCCAAAGACAACGAUCUGCUUCCAAGGACCUCUAAAGCUCAUCACAUGUCGUGUAGGUCACUUUUAAAAAAGUGAUUUCAGCAAGGAAAAGGCACAACUCACUCAUCGUCUACUGCUUUAUCCUCCACAUGAGGGUCGCGGGCCGACUGGAGUCAGUCCCAGCAGACACAGGGCGAAACGUGGGCUACACCUGGACAAAAAAAGCAAAAAAAAAUCAUUUUAUUUCAAACUGGACCACUGAGGAUCAGUGCGUAUAACAGCAAUGUAUCAUAAUACCUCUAAUGCUAACUUAUUUAGAAAGCUGAAGAUGUUCAGGCUGCGGAGUUUCCAAGUGAUUUUCUACAUUUUACUCGCAGACGUCCACACUGUGCUGUAUUUUUGGAGCUCGACGCUUGACACGCCUCCCACAUACUGAUCAGCGUCUGCCUGUCACCGUUAUGUGCAUAACAUGGUGCCUGUUUCACACACGUCCACAUACCCAUGAACAGUUUUUCAUCCCGGGGACGGGGUGACUGCGUAUCCCGCGGUGCACUGUAAUGGAACCUCCAUGUGGUCUUGUCUCUUCACUUGGAUCACUGAACAUCCCUCAGAGAUGGUCGGGAGCUCCUCCUCCUCGUUGUUGCCUCUCUGUGGGGAAAAUGCUGCCAAGACUCAUUUGAGUUGUUUCUGCAUUCCUUCCUCGUAUUAGGAAAUAUGUUUUGGGUUUUUUUUUUUUUUUGCUGAUAGAGUGAGAUUUAAGGAAAAUAAAUGAAAUUGACUUUGUCUGUUUUAACACUU